AUGAAUUUGAGGUGGAAAAUAAAAAGAAACAUUCAAAGAGAAGAACUAUUUAUUUUGACAAUAGUUGAAAGAGUAUUAGCAGGACAUCUACAAUUAAUUUCAUUCGUGGAUUAAGCAUAGUUUUCUGAAUUAUUAACAAAAAGGUAAACUUAGUAAAAGGCGAUUCCACCAUUGCAUCUUUAGAUUUUAGGCAAGGUGAAACGAAAUCUGAUAAAAAACUAGACACCUUUGCUUGAAAAAAAAGUUCAAUAUGAAAUAAGAACUGUUGCUUCAUCAUCAAUUGAUAUGAGGAAGAAUUACAUUCAUUCAUUUAGCAAUAGAUAAUCAAAUAACAAGGAAUAAUAAACCACAGAAAUAGAUGCAUAAAUGAUUGGACAUUUAUAGCCAUAAUCAAAUAGAAAUAGUAACUUGAAAUUGGAUAAAACUGAUAAUAGCUGUUUACCCAAAUAUCACACCAAUAGAAGCUAAAAAAUGAAUAAUUCAUCUGCUCGAUACAUUAGUCCAUUCCAACUCAUUAGUCCUAAUAGUACAUAAGCAGAAAAUAUAAAUAAAGAAUUGCCAUCUCUUAAGUAGUCUACUAUCAAUGAAAAUCUGCCUAUUCUUAAAAAUGAGAUGGCCGUAAUCAAUAUCGUAAGUUAGGAUGGAGAAAUAGAAUAAUAAUAAGACUUUAUAAUCAAAAAUAAUAAUAUCAAUAUAGAACCAAUUGUAAAUCAAAAUCAAUAGCAAUUAUAAAGAAUUGAGAAAUAGGAUAGUAAUGCACAAUAUAGUUACUCUAGAAAAUAAUCAUAAAAUCUACCCAUGGGAAGUGACUCUAGCAAGAUGGAUCUAAAAGAAAAACUCUAAAAAUACUAUAGCAAUGAUGAAGACUUUAGUUCUCAAAGAAAACCCAGGACUUAGAGUGAUCGAUUAAAGGAUAUCAGUUAUGGAACAGAUCCAAAUGCCAAAGAUUUAAAAAUUGACAACCAACUAUAAAUAAUUUAAAGUGCCAAAAAUUUGGAUAAUAAUAAUAAAUCUCAGGUGAUAUCAUAACAAUCAUAAUAGGCGAAAUUUUCAUUCAUUCCUGGUCAAACUUAGGAACUCGUAUCAUAAUCAGAGACCUUUUCCAAAGAUCAAUUAAGUCCAAAGAAAAGCCUUGAAGAAAUACAUGCACCUGGAAAUUUCCUGUCUCCUCCUUAAUCAGCCAGAUCUAUCAUUACUGCAAAGUCAACUAAAAGAAAGCUUAAUACAUUACAAUCUAAUGACUUAAAACUAUUUGAUUAACAAAAUCCUUAGGAAUAAUAAUAAGUGGAAAUUUCAGCUUCAAACGAAGAGUCAUAAAUGUCUUUAUUAGAAUAAUCCUUACACUAAAAUGAGCAAAAUCAUCAUACACAUAUAAGUUCAUUAAGACCAGCAACCACUCAUAUUGAGGCUAGCAAAUAGCAAGAUUAUCCAGUAUUUCAAACUCAUGACAAUUUGGACAUAAUGAAAAAGUCAACUUAGAAAUUGUUGUAAUAGUAAACUAGUAUCACAUCUAUUAUGCACGACGAGGAGAACUUUUAGAAUAAUCAAACACUCAUUUAGCAUAUUAAUAUUUAGGUUAAUUAAUGUGAUCCAACUUAACCCCCCAAUAAUGUGAUAAUUGAAGAAUCAAUAGAAGGUUCACCUAAUUGUAAAGUUUAAAAUACUCGCAAUCCUGCAGCCUCUUUUUCUCUUCUCAAAUUGGAGGAUUAAAAAUAAAUGCCAACUUAAACUAAUCUUUAAUUUAGAUAGCAAUCAUCUUCACCUAAGAAUGGAUAUAUUCCUUCGAGUUCCUUUAUUCCAUCAUCCACUUUAGUUUAAGGCUCGUAGUCAUAAUCAAAAAUGCUCAUACCAAUUAAUAAUACUUAGAAUAGUAUUAAACACAAUAGGGUAAACAACAAAUCUAGAUCCUAAAUUAAGGAUUUUAUAUAACAAUAAUAAUAAUAAUAAAGAUCUGAUGAUAGUCAACCUGAAAGUAAAUUGACAAUCGAGUCUUCUUAAGGAGAUAAAUCAAAUCGAUCAAAGAAGGGUAAAAACAAAAAGUAAUUGAAAUUGCCUAUAGCUGCAGUUGCACUAAAUUUUGCUCGGAGAAAAUCAUCUAAUUAGAUCUCACCUAUGGAUCCUAAAAAGCUGGAGCAACAAGAAAAAGAGAAAUAAAGAUAGCUAGAAUAUUAGAAGUAACUUGAAAAAAUGAAAUAUGAAAGAGAAUUAAUGGAACAAUUCAAAAUUCCAGAUAAUAUGCCCUUAAUGCAAAAAAGAUCAAUUAUUGAAUAAUUAAUGAAGGAGUUAGAGUUAAAUCCUGACUAGGAUGCUAAAUAUUAAAUCAUGUUAUAUAAACAAAGAUAAGAAUAGAUUUAGAAUGCUUCAAAAUUUGAAUUGGCUUUUGAUAAUCCCCUUUCAAAUUGCUAUGAAGAAUUAUCUCAUAUAUCUGAGCAGAAAUUGAAAAUAUUAGGGAAAGAUAAUGAUCCAACGAAAGUGCAAUUUUUAAAGUUUGAAGACCAAGUUCAAACUAAUUUUCAUAGAUAAUCAAAGUCUUUCACCCAAGAUCUUAAUUCACCUAACAAGAAAAACCUUAAAUUUUUUAGUAAAUUAGAUCCUGUCGAAAUUGAAAAUCAAAUGAAUAGAAUAAAAGAAUUUAAGUAAGAAACCGAUAUUUUAAAAUUCUUCUCUUCAUUCAAUAAUCAAUAUGAUAAAGAAGUGAACUAAUGUGACUUAGAUUAGCCUACUGUAAAAGAUCGAUAGUUUUCAAUGGAUUUUCAAAGAGGAUUCUUGCCUAAAACAAUUCAUAGACGUAAAAGAACUAAGAAGAAAAGCACCAAGAUAGUUAUUAACUCUUAUAGAAUGGACCCAAAGAAAUUAGAUUAGGUGUUGGCUUAAACCGAAAAAAUAAAGCAAGUUGGUUAAUUUUUAUUAUGA